AGACUCGGUGGAGGAGUCGGUGAAGACUCGGUGGAGGAGUCAGUGAAGACUCGGUGGAGGAGUCGGUGAAGAGUCGCUGUAAAAGUCUCGGGGGAAGAUGAUCGGCGCGGGGGGAAGGAGUUUACUGUGCGUCCUGGCCGUUUGUCUGGGCUGCGUGUCCCCGCCGUGUAAAGCCCGGAUUUACACAAACCACUGGGCUGUGAGGAUCACGGGAGGAGCCGAGGUGGCGCACAGGAUAGCGCAGAAGUACGGCUACAGAAACAUGGGCCAGAUUGGGGAUCUCAAAGACCAUUAUCAUUUCUUCCACAGUCGAACCAUCAAGAGGUCCACGUUGUCCAGCAGGGGGCGACACAGCUUCAUCUCCAUGGAGCCAAAGGUGGAGUGGAUCGAGCAGCAGGUGGUGAAGAGGCGGAUCAAGAGGGAUUACAAACCAGCCCCGCCCCUUUCACAGUCCAGCCCCGCCCACAACAGUAUAUACUUCAAUGACGCCAAGUGGAGUAACAUGUGGUACAUUCACUGUAACGACGACGUCCAUAACUGCCAGUCAGACAUGAACAUCAUGGGGGCGUGGAGGCGGGGCUACACGGGCCGAAACGUCGUGGUCACCAUCCUGGACGACGGCAUCGAAAGGAACCACCCAGACCUGUCUCAGAACUACGACGCCCAAGCCAGCUUUGAUGUCAAUGGCAACGAUGUGGACCCCAUGCCCCGAUACGACGCGACCAACGAGAACAAACAUGGGACACGAUGCGCCGGUGAAGUCGCUGCAGCUGCAAACAACUCCCAUUGCAUUGUGGGAAUUGCUUACAACGCCAGAAUCGGAGGUGUGCGGAUGCUGGAUGGAGAUGUGACUGACAUGGUGGAGGCCAAGUCCCUGAGCCUCCACCCUCAGCACAUCGACAUCUACAGCGCUAGCUGGGGCCCGGACGACGACGGCAAGACUGUGGAUGGACCUGCCUCACUCGCACGGCAGUCCUUCGAGAAUGGCAUCCGCAUGGGGAGGAAGGGCCGCGGCUCCAUUUUCGUUUGGGCCUCGGGAAACGGCGGCCGCAGCCGGGACCACUGCUCCUGUGACGGUUACACCAACUCCAUCUACACCAUCUCCAUCUCCAGCACAGCCGAGAGCGGGCGCAAGCCCUGGUACCUGGAGGAGUGCUCCUCCACCCUCACCACCACCUACAGCAGCGGGGAGAACUACGACCGCAAGAUUAUCACCACAGACCUGAGGCACAGAUGCACAGACAGCCACACGGGGACGUCUGCCUCUGCUCCUAUGGCGGCAGCCAUCAUCGCCCUCGCUCUGGAGGCGAACCCUCUUCUGACCUGGAGAGACGUGCAGCACAUCAUCGUAAAGACAUCCAGAGCAGGGCACUUGAGCGCCCCCGACUGGAAGACCAACGCCGCAGGAUACAACGUGAGUCACCUGUACGGCUUUGGCCUGAUGGACGCGGAGGCCAUGGUGAAGGAGGCGGAGCGAUGGAAGCAGGUCCCGGCUCAGCAUGUGUGUGUGGAGAGCGCCGACCGACAGAUGAAGAACAUCCGCCCGGAACACGUGGUGCGCUCUGUGUACAAGGCCACGGGAUGCCCCGACAGCCCCAACAACCAGGUCAUCUACCUGGAACACGUGGUGGUGCGCAUCACCAUCCUCCACCCGCGCAGAGGAGACCUGUCAAUCAACCUCACCUCGCCCUCAGGCACCAAGUCCCAGCUGCUGGCCAACAGGUUGUUCGACCACUCGACCGAGGGCUUUAAGAACUGGGAGUUCAUGACCACACACUGCUGGGGCGAGAAGGCGGCGGGCGACUGGGUCCUGGAGAUCUAUGACUCUCCUUUUCAGCUCCGCAGCCAGAAAGUCCCUGGUAAACUGAAGGAGUGGUCCCUGGUCCUUUAUGGCACCUCCGUGCACCCUUACACCCGCAGUGACAAGCCACGCUCGGUGGAGCAGCCCACGGAGGAGACGUUCACCGAGGAGUACAACGGCCCGUGUGACCCCGAGUGUAACGAGAACGGCUGCGAGGGCCCCGGACCUCACCACUGCAACAACUGUCUGCACUACUUCCUCAAGUUCAAGAACAACACCAGGAUGUGCGUGUCCGAGUGUCCCAGCGGGUUCUUCCGUGAUGACCGUAAGCGUUGUAAGAAGUGCUCGUCGUCCUGUGAGACGUGUGUGGGCAGCCGCAGUGACCAGUGCAGCACCUGUCGCUCCGGGUUCCACCUCAACGAAGGCUCCAACACCUGCGUCGCCAACUGUGCCGACGGGUUCUACCUCGACCAAGAUUCAAACAUUUGCCGACGAUGUCCUGAAAACUGUAAGAAGUGCACCGGCUCCAGCGUCUGCACCGAGUGUAAACCAGGCAUGAGUCUCCAGGGAAACCGCUGCCAGAUGACGUGUGACGCAGGAACGUAUUACAACGGACACAGACGAACGUGUGAACCCUGCCACCGAGCGUGUGCCACGUGUGCAGGGACAGGGAUCGAGGCCUGUACAAAGUGUGCAGACGGUUACAUCCUGGAGGACUGGAGGUGUGUGUCCACCUGCAGCAGCGGAUACUACCUGUAUGAGACCCUGGACCAGGGACAGGUGCAGCGCUCCUGCAAGAAGUGUGACCACAGCUGCUACGAGUGUCUGGGCCCCGGAGAAAGAAACUGCAGCACCUGUGUGAGCGGAUACAACCUGGAGGGCGGGGCCUGUGUGGUCAGCACAAUCUGCAAAGAUGGAGAGUACCUGAGCGCCCAUGGGAAGUGCCACCUGUGUGAUGUCACGUGUCUGCAGUGCUCUGGACCCGAGAGGGACGACUGCACCCGCUGCCCCACCCACAGGUUUUUUGAUGAAGGACGCUGCGACAUCCGCUGCCAGAGGGGGCGCUACACCCUGGACAAACAGUGUUACCCGUGUCACCACACCUGCUCCGAGUGCACGGACGCCGCGCCCUACAACUGCACCAGCUGCGACAAAGAUGUCCAUGGGGUGGCGCGGUUCCUGUUUGAGGGUCAGUGUCGUCUCUCGUGUCCAGAGGGUCACUUCCACUCUGUGCAGAGUCGCUGUGAGCAGUGUCCUGACCACUGCUCCUCCUGCUCCUCCUCUCUGCUCUGUCAGCACUGUGAGGCCGGGUAUAGACUGAAGGGGGCGCUGUGUGUGCCCCUUCAGUGCGCCAAAGGGGAGGUGGCAGACACUCGGGGGGAGGCGUGUGUUCCCUGUGAUGAAGGCUGUCAACUGUGCAAAUACAAGGAGGGAUCAGACUGGUCGCAGAGAACUGUGUGUGUCCAGUGUGAGGACGACUAUUAUCAGUUGGGGUCAGACUGCCACAGGUCGUGCCCAGAUCGGACCUUCAGUUUGGAGCAGACGAAGCAGUGCGCCCCCUGUGACGACCAGCACUGCCUGAACUGUGACCAGAGCGAGUGCUACUGGUGCGAGGAUGGCUUCUACGUGUCCAGUGGGGAGUGUGUGGACUACUGCAGCCCUGGGUUUUUCGCAGAUGACCGGAGUCAGACCUGUGAGCCGUGUCAUUACACCUGUGUGACCUGCGGGGGGCCUCGUCACGACGACUGUGACACCUGUGGGCGGGGCUUCACUCUGAUGGGCGGGGAGUGUCUGAAGGGUGCAAAGCUCGGACCCUGCAAACAGGGGUUCUACAGAGACGAAAUCGGGCGGUGUCAGCUCUGCUCCUCCUUCUGCUCCUCCUGCUCUGGCCCCAGAGGGACAGACUGUCUCAGCUGCUCUGCAGGGCAGUUCCUGACCGCUAAUCAGACCUGCUCCAGUCGCUGCCCCUCUGGGAGCUUCUCCAACAGGACGUCAGGGCGCUGCGAGGAGUGCUCCCACGGCUGUGUGGUGUGUGAGCGCCCCCUGCAGUGUCUGCACUGUCAUCACGGGCUCGUGCUGCAGGACGGGGCCUGUGUGGACCACUGCCUCAGAGGGUUUCCUCGUGACGGCGUGUGCCUUCCCUGUUUGCCCGAGUGCUCUUCCUGCCGGGGUAAUGCCUCCACCUGCCUCAGCUGCGAGCCGCCACACCUGCUGCUGGAGCACACCUGCUGGGGGCGCUGUCCUCGGGGGUACUACAGCUCGGGGUCAGAGUGCAAGGCCUGCCCCCCCGACUGCAGCGAGUGCAGCCAGGACGGACUCUGCACAAAGUGCUCACAGUUCUACUUCCUGCACUCCGCCGCAUGUGUAGAGGACUGUCCCUCUGGCUUCUUCGUGGACGUGCCAGGUCAGGAGUGUCUGAGGUGCCACAGCGAGUGCUCCACCUGUGACGGACCCGAUUCAGACGACUGUAUCCUCUGCUCCAACCCCAGAGCCGUGCGGUACAGAGGGCAGUGCCUGGGCCAGUGCCCCAACACCACCUACUACGACCGGGACACGGCCGAGUGCAGAGAGUGUGACGCCACGUGCCUGACCUGCUCCGACCACCUGCCGUCGUCCUGUGUCUCGUGCUCAGAGGGCCGCCUGCUGGACGCCUCGGGUCACUGCGUGUGGUACAGCCGCUGCUCCGUGCACACUUACAUGGACGCGAGCGGAGAGUGUCAGAAGUGCCACGCCUCCUGCCGCCGCUGCUCUGGACCCGGACCGGACCGCUGCUUCAGCUGCAACGCCCCGCACUUCCUGCUCAAUUCGUCGUGCGUUCUGAAGUGUCCUGACAGUUUCUUCGCUGACAGUUCGGACGAGCGGGUUUGUGAGCGCUGCCACUGGAGCUGUGCCCAGUGCAGCGGGCGCCACAGCCUCCAGUGUGACCGCUGUAAACCCGGGUACUACGCCCAGGCAGGGGGCUGUGUGAAGACCUGCUCCCCCAGUCAUUUUGGAAACCCCAUGUCAAUGACGUGUGAGCGUUGUGACCCGUCAUGUGACGCCUGCAGCGGCCCCGGGGCCUCUCACUGUCUGAGCUGUCGGGAGCACUUCCUCUACCUGCCCCACAGGGGGCAGUGUGUGCAGCACUGUCCCGAUGGAUACUACCAGGAGCACCAGAGCAAGAGCUGCCACAGGUGCCACGCCUCCUGCAAAACCUGCAGCAAUGAGGGCGCCAUUUUCUGCCUGUCCUGUUAUGAAGGAUACAGGUUUUUCGGGGGCAUUUGUGAGUCCAACUGUGUCGUAGGCACGUACCAGAGCUCUCCUGAUGGCGCUCGGCUGGAGUGCGCCGCGUGUCACCCCUCCUGUGUGGACUGUAGGGGGCCCUCUCUCGCCCACUGCACCGUGUGUCCCGCUCUGCAGAUGCUCUCGGAGGACGGCCGGUGUCUGAGCUGCUGUGGAAAAGAGUUUGUGAGAGACGGAGAGAUGUUCUCCUGGGAGUGCUGCGACUGCUCGGCCUCCAGGGACGAGUGCGUCCUGAGCGUGAACAGUGAACUGCGCCACAUAGUGGACAUGGAGCCGAGUGCGGUGCCCGGAGCAUUUGUCACAUUCUGUGUUCUCUUCAUCCUCUUUGUGGGCGGGGCCAUCUUCUACUACCUCCACUACGCCCGCCUCCGAUCUGCUGUGCCCAGGACCAAAGGGGGUGGGUACGAGAAGCUCUCCCCCGAUGGAGCGCCGGCCCUGCCCGCCUGCCCCACGCCGUUCGACGAGGAGAGCCGCCGCAUCAUCGAGUGUGACGACGAUGACGAGGAUGAAGACGAGGACAUCGUGUACAUGUCUAAGGACGGGACGGUGUACAGGAAGUUCAGGUACGGACUCCUGGAGGAUGAGGAGGUGGAUCUGGAGUACGACGACGAGAGCUACUCCUACAGAUGAACACCAGGGGGCAGUGCUCACUCUGUAAUAGGCUGCGCUCACAUCACACUAGAAUAAGUCUCACCUGAGCUGGAGGUCAGAGGUCAGAUCCUCAGGUGGAUUCUCUGUGUAAAUGUCAGAUGUGUUUGACCUUUGACCUGGUUUAUGUUAAUGUCUCUAAUCUCUCGACCGAUCCACAUGAAACUAAAACUGGCCCUAAGUUCCUCGUCUUCUCUGUCAGUUUAAAUAAACAAAAGUCAAAUGAUUUUUUCCCAAUAUCUUCAUAAAGUGGAGCCAUUAUUCAAGCUCAAAGACGUGAUCGUGCUCAGAUGAAACGACUUUAAACCAUAAGAUUAAUGUGACAGUUUGAGGAGCCAAACUCAAACUAAUAAUGAGAAGGAUCAACAUUUGUGGAGCAGAAGUUUGGACAUUUAUAUAAACACAGUGAAUCUGCUGUAGAGUUACAUAGAUUUAUCUAGGCCCCACCCUUCAUCUGAAACUAUGACAUCAUCAAAUUGUCGAAUGUGAACGCAGCCUAUUAGAAAAUGAAAAUAUGAAAAUAUAAAAAACAAAACAAUGAUUUUAAUCUGUGAACAUUUUGUCUGUGAUGUAAUUUCAGUUUGCUCCUUGUUCUAUAUUUGUAUCACACUGGAUAAAACCUCAAAUCUUAAUAUUCCAGUAUAAAUACUCCAGAGUGAUACAAGUCACAGUACUCUGUAUUUAUACUUAGUACUCUCAGCAAAGUAUAAAUACUGAGAGUACUGUGACUUUAUGCUGUGACUCACUCGACGCAGGACGAGUAUUUUGUGUCACUUAACAAUGUUUUUUGUUUAUUUGAAUAAGUUCUUGUUGGUUAAAUUGUUUUGAUUAAUAAAAUAACUUUGCAGCUGAUGUCAUCAACGUUCCCUGGGGGGUGAUGCUAACUGUAGGCACUGCUCUGUCUGAGGCUCUGUCAGACUUUAAUCUGAGCUUUGUUUUAACACAAUCUGACCUAAAAGAACUGACUGACUUUGCUGGAACCACAACAUUUGAACUGUCCGUCUCAAAUAACACUACAGUCACAAGCUAGGUAGCAUUAGCAUUAGCAUUAGCAUUAGCCAACAGUCACCUUUAUGAUCUCGCACUGACCACAGGCUCCUAAAAAUGUGCCUUUUGCAUUUUUUCUUUAGUUUUCAGACAAUCUAAAAAAAUUCUACUUGUGUUUGCUAAUGUGGACAUUGUGUAACCAUGGUAACUGCUCAACAUUUCACCAUAGAUAUGCAUGAAAAGUCCCACCCAAACGUGAUGUCACUGCAGAGUAUCAUUACUUCAUCAGAUUCAGUUUUAAACUGUGAAAUAUUCUUGUAAUGACGUCAUCAGUGUUUUGAUUAAAUAGUCGUGACAUUUCCUCCAUCGACACGACUGAAAGAGUUUUAUUCUCUUUGAAUGUUCAUUUUAAGAUUAUUUAUGUUUUGAUUUGUUGUGAUU